AUGCACACCAUCACUUUCUGGAUCAACAGUUUCACCGUCGAUGAUGCUCCCUUAAGGAGGUUUGAUGACCCCGAAAACAGAGCCUCAAGUGGAGAGGUUUGGAGCAUUCUUGGCUCCUUUGACCUCUGGCCGCCUCACUAUUGCGUCAAUUGCAAUUUAAUAUGCAAAGGUCGGUUUAGCUACUGCGAUAAGGUACUCACUAUCGAGAAGAGCCUUCACUGCUGCAGCCAAUGGUCCUGA